AUGGCGACCUCUAAGACACUCGAGGCUCGUUUUGAGCACCUUUCUAUGAAAGAUGAGAAAGAACAUGGUCAAAAUGAGCGGGCCUAUGGCAAGCAAAAGGCCUCCGUCCCUACCAACCAAGCAAGCAACUCCAACCGAGCGCAAUUGCUGAAGUUGGCCCUCCAAAACACCAAUGAGAAUAAGGCCAAUGCUAUGAAUAUGCCCGCCUCGCCAGGGAGAGGCUCCCACGGCGCAUUGGUCACCCGGGCAACCGAUGAGAACGGCGACCAGCGCACAUCGUCCAUGUUGUGCGAUCAGCCAUCUGUUCCCAAGGAUUUGCACCUGGGAAUGUUCGAAAUUGGCAAGCCGCUCGGAAAGGGCAAAUUUGGUCGUGUCUACCUGGCCAAGGAACGAUCCUCUGGCUUCGUCUGCGCGCUGAAGGUGCUGCACAAGUCUGAGUUGCAACAAGGCGGAGUCCAAAAGCAAGUCCGACGUGAAAUCGAGAUUCAAAGUAACUUGCGACACCCCAACGUCUUGAGAUUGUACGGUCACUUCCAUGACAGCAAACGAAUCUUCUUGAUCCUCGAGUUUGCUGGCCGUGGUGAGCUGUACAAGCAUCUUCGCAAAGAGCACCGGUUCCCCGAAUGGAAGGCCGCGCAAUACAUCGCGCAAAUGGCUGCUGCAUUGAAAUAUCUGCACAAAAAGCAUGUUAUGCACCGUGAUAUCAAGCCCGAAAACAUCCUGGUCGGCAUUCACGGAGAGAUCAAGAUCAGUGACUUUGGUUGGAGUGUUCAUGCGCCUAACAACCGCCGCCAGACCAUGUGUGGAACUCUCGACUACCUGCCCCCUGAGAUGCUCAACCCUGGCUCUCAGGUCAACUACUAUAGCGAAAAGGUCGACUUGUGGAGCUUAGGUGUCUUGACCUACGAAUUCUUGGUUGGUGAGGCACCAUUUGAGGAUACACCUGUCAUGACUCAACGCAGGAUUGCCCGGGCAGAUAUGUCCGUGCCAUCCUUUGUGAGCCCCGAGGCGAAGGAUCUCAUUAAGAGGCUUCUUGUUCUUGACCCUGCCAAGCGUAUUCCGCUGGAGGAGAUCUCGCGACACCCAUGGAUUGUGAAGCAUUGUGUGAAAGACGACAGGAAUGUGAAGCGGAGCUCAGGCUCCUCUAAAGAUGGCAAAGCAUGA